AUGAAUUCGUCCAAGGAACACAUAAACUGGAUAACCGUUGGAGAAGUGAUCAAUCUAAUUAAGAAACCUGUCGCUUUGUACACCACCCAUAUCGUGGAAAGAUGGCAUGUCACACUGCGUAAAGAUUGCCUUGCAUUUGGGCGAUGCCCAAAUCCUGGAAAUUGCCAAAUGAAAAAGAAGCCUGACGACCUUUGCCGCUCUUGCAAUGGAUGGUACAAAGAGCUGGCUAAAUCACAUCUAAAUAAAGAUGAACGAAAGAUCCAAUGGCGUAAAAACUGCGACACAUCAAAGUUGCCUGUUGAUCCAUGGGAGGUAGCUAAGUUCUUCAUGCCUGUCCUUGGAGACAACAAGGGCACCGUUAUUGAAGCAGAAUCCACGGAUUUAUCACAUCUUUUAAACGUUCUUGUAUGGAUGAAAGAUGUAGCUUUUGCUCCAGACAGGCGUGUGGAUCGCGAUCUCGUUAAGAAUCUUCGUUCAGGAGUUAGAAACCCUUGGGCGCAUGCACCAAACCAAGAAUUAGCCGAUGCUGAUUUUAACAACGCUUUUGAUAUUGCCAAUAAGUUUGUUGCCAACCUUGAUAAUGUUUUUAGCUGUAACGAAGUCAAGAAAUGCAUAGAGGAUAUGAAGUUAGUACAAACUAACAAAAUAAGCAAUGUCGUGGAAGCCGAGUUAAAAGCUCUGAUUUCACUGCGCGGUGUGUUAGGUGCGGAUGUCAGCCAGUUAAAAGGAGAGAUAACGCGUUUAAAAGAAGAUCAAAGCUUCGACAGACAAGUUAUCAAGGAACAGGAAAGAAUGUUAGAAAAUUUGGUAAAUUACAGAAAGGAAUGCUCAACAAGAAUAGAUCGUGAUAAGUUGUUUUGCCGAGAAAUUAGUGAAAUUCGUGCUGACAUCAAGUCAUUACAAGGAACUAAGGAUCGGUUCCAACAAAAAAGCUGUUUACCCGACAAACCGCCAACAAUUUUUGGGCGUGACGCCGAAGUGAAGAAAAUCGUUUGUUCCUUGGUGUAUGAAGACUGUGGAAUUGUUUCAAUUGUUGGUGGACCAGGGUUUGGCAAAAGCACUGUCGCAGUCGAAGUUUCCCAUCAUUUAAGCGAUAGUCAUGAUAUUGAAGUCAUUUUCUCAUUCCUGUCAAAUGUUUCUACUGUGCCUGAAGUUAUUCAACGUCUCUGUCGUGACGUUGGCGUGAAUCCUGGAGACGAUCCUGAAUCAUCGUUGAUAUUUUGGUUAAAAAGUAUUGAGAAGAAAGUUGUCCUUGUCAUAGACAACAUUGAGCAGCUGCUUGAAAGCAACGUGAUAUCUCAGUUUACUGAGUUAGCAGUUACUCUCAGAAAGAAUUCACGGCGACAGUUGCAGAUCCUUACAACGACAAGAACCGAAUUCUCAAUUCCUGAUGGAACUACCGAAAACGUUCAUUUAAGAGAGUUGGAUAAAAGUGCUAGUGUCGAACUUUUGAGAAAGUUUUGUCGCAAUAAAGAAGUAAAAGAUGAAAACCUGUCGGAUUUGGCUAAGUUGUGUGGUUUUGUUCCUCUAGCUUUGUGUAUCACAGGAUCUAGAAUUCCACGUCUAGAUGAUCCUGCUGAAUUGAUUAAGUGGUUAAAAGAGAAGCCUAUGAAAGCUUUGCAGUCAACUGACAAAACCCAAUGCGUCCGAAAAGCCAUCGAGUUUUCUUUUCAAAUGUUGAGUAAUGAAGACAAGAAAGCGUUGGCUCGUCUUUCGGUGUUCAAUGGAAAUUUCCAAAGAAAGUCUGCUGAAGAGGUAAUUGAGAGAGAUGAUUUCGAAACGCAAGAUUUGUUAGAGCAGCUCGUAGCACGAAGUUUAAUACAGAGUAGUAGCGAUAACCGUUUUGUGAUUCAUUUGCUUAUUCGACGGUAUCUGGCCGAUCAUGACCAACUUCAAGAUGAAAAGGCAAUAGCACAAGGAUUAAUGGUGAAACAUUUUCUAAAGAUGUGCCAUUUGUGGACCAUAGAUUCUUAUGCAAAAGAUGGAUUUACCGAUGCCCGAGAAAAAUUGAAGAAGGACAGCCACAAUGUUGAGGAAAAUUUCAAAAUCUGCAGCCAAGAUCUAGCAAAAGAUCGUAAUCCAAAGAUCGUCGAGUCUAUGGAAAGUAGUGAUAUUUACAAGUCUUCAUCCAGAUUCUUUUACAACUUUGGCUGGGAUAUUCUUCCACUAACUGUUUUAAGGUGUUUCUAUGAAUCCUGUGUAAAGCUAGCGGAAGAUGGAAAGCAACUAGCCGUUCAGAUCACAUUUCGUUGUCUGGUAGCAGAUCAAGAAGGUCGUAAAUCUGCAUGGAAAUCUACUGAAUAUAUCGACAUGAUGGACGCAAUCAAGGAUGCUCUUGACCAAAAUAAAGCGGUGCUGAAAGAGGAUAAGUCCUUAUAUAGCUAUUGUUACUAUUUUUAUUCCCGAUUUCAUUUUAACCAAGCAAAAAUUACACCAUGUCCUGAUCUCGAGGAAGAUGACCUUGCGCCUUUACCUGAAAACAACGAUCGAAGCCCAAUGGAGAAUGCUGACGAGGCACUUAUUUUAAUCCAACUUGCACGUUUGAACAAGAAACGUGCAAUUAAAGUAUUUCAUUCAGAUGAAAAAAAGUACGAGGAUUACAUGAACUGUGCAAAAUCAUUUUACGACCAAGCUUUGUCGACAGCUAAAGAGUUGCUGGGCGAUCAUGAAUUAACGUGUACUUGUCAUAAAUUGUUAGGAGACUUAUACUUACUUUGGCAGAAGAAUGAAGAGGCAUUGGGGUACUAUUCCGUUGCCAUAAAACUGAGCAGGAAACUACAACUUGAUUCUAACGAGGCUUUUGUGUACUUGCUCAAGAAUUAUGGGUUAUGUUUUCGUUUUCUUCGUCGCUUUGAAGCGUCAGUGGAAAAUUUAAACGACGCACGUGACAUAGCUGAUAAGCUCGCUGAGAAGUACUCCCCUUGUAGAGCCAGUGUCUAUUGUGCGUUGGCAGAAAUGUAUCGUGCCUGGAAACCUGAUUGCCAAGAAUCCGCGAAAUACGCUAAAGUGGCAAAGGAGAUGCAAGUGUUGUUAGACUCACGCACUGUAAAAUCUUUGGAAGAUAUUAUUAAAACGGCAGAAGAAUGGAUGAAAGAAAAAACCCACAUCGGGCCAUUACAAAAUAUCGUGAAUGUUGUUAAAACUGAUCGACAGCUCCAACAAAACAGCAGCAUACCCGACAAACCACUGACAUUUGUUGGGCGUUGGGCCGAAGUAAAUAAAAUUAUUUAUUCCUUGGUGGAGAACGGCUGUGGAAUUGUCUCGAUUGUUGGUGGACCAGGGUUUGGAAAAAGCACCAUUGCAGUUGACGUUUCCCAUCAUUUAAGCAACAAGCAUGACAUCGUCGUUAUUUUCUCAUUUCUAUCAAAUGUUUCAACUGUGCCUGAAGUUCUUCUACGCCUCUGUCUUGACGUUGGCGUUAAUCCUAGAGAGGAUCCUGAAUCAGCGUUGAUGUUUUGGUUAAAGAAUAUUGAGAAAAAAGUUGUCCUUGUCAUGGACAACAUCGAACAAGUGCUUGAAGAAGAAGUGAGAUCCGAAUUUACUGAGUUAGUGGUUACACUCCGCAAGAAUUCACAGCAACAGUUGCAGAUCCUAACAACGACAAGAACCGAAUUCUCAAUUCCUGAACAAACGACCGAAAACGUUCAAAUAGGAGAGUUGGAUGAAAAAUCUAGUGUCGAACUUUUAAGAAAGUGCUGCCCUAAUACAGAAGUAAAAGAUAGUUGCUUGUGUGACUUGGCUAACCUGUGUGGUUUUAUUCCUCUGGCUUUGUGUAUUGCUGGACCUCGAAUUGCAGAUCUUGAUGAUCCUUUUGAGUUGAUUAAUUGGCUAAAAGAGAAGCCUGUGAAAACUUUGCUGACCUCUGACAAAAGCCAGUGUGUCCAAAAAGCCAUCGAGUUUUCUUUCCAGAAGUUGAAUGAUGAUGAUAGGAAAGCGUUGGCUCGCCUUUCGUUGUUCAAUGGAAAUUUCCAAAGGAAGUCUGCCGAAGAGGUAAUUGAGAGAGAUGAGUUGGAAACUCAAGAUUUCUUAGAGCAGCUCGUUGCUCGAAGUUUAAUGCAGAGAAGCAGUGACAAGCGCUUCGUGAUUCAUUCACUUAUUCGACGCUUUCUGGCCGAUCAUCAUCAACUUCAAGAUGAAAAGGUUAUAGCACAAGGAUUGAUGGUGAAGCAUUUUCUGAAGAUGUGUCAUUCUUUAACCAUGGAUUCUUUUUCCAAAAAUGGAUUUACUAGUGCCAGAGAAUUACUGAAGACGGACAGCCACAAUGUUCAAGAAACGUUAAAAGUCUGCUGCCAAGAUCAAGCAACAAACCUGAAUCCAAACAUCUUCGAGUUGUUAGUAAGUAGUGAUAUUUACAAGUUUUCAUCCAGGUUCUUUUACCGUUUCUGCCGGCAUCUUCUUCCACAAAUGAUUUUGAGGAAUUUUCAGGAAUCUUGUAUUAAUCUGGCGAAAAUUCGAAAGCAACUAACCAUUCAGAUCACAUUUCAGUGUCUGGUAGCAGAUCAAGAAAGUCGUAAAUCUGCAUGGAAAUCUACUGAAUAUAUCGACAUGAUGAAGGUGAUCAAGGAUGCUUUAGACCAAAAUAAAGCGGUGCUGAAAGAGGAUAGGUCCUUAUAUAGCUAUUGUUACUAUUUUUAUGCCCGAUUUCAUUCUAACCAAGCAAAAGUUACACCCUGUCCUGAUCUCGAGGAAGAUGACCUUCCGUCUUUACCUGAAAAUAACGAUCGAAGCCCAAUGGAGAAUGCUGAAGAGGCACUUAUUUUAAUCCAACGUGCACACUUGAGCAAGCGACGUGCAAUGAAAGUGUACCGUUCUGAUAAUGAAAAGUAUGAGGAAUACAUGAACUGUGCAAAGUCAUUUUCUAGUCAAGCUUUGUCGACAUCUCAAGAGUUGUUGGGCGAUCAUGAAUUAACGUGCAUUUCCCAUAAAGUAUUAGGAGAUAUAUACUCAUCCUGGCGGAAAAACGAUGAGGCAUGGCCGUAUUAUUCCGAUGCCAUAAAACUGAGCAAGAAACUAAAACUUGACUCCAACGAGCCUUUUGUGUACUUGCUAAAGAAUUAUGGAUCAUGCUUGUCUUUUCUUCGUCACUUUGAUGAAUCGGUGGAAAUAUUAAACGAAGCUCGUGACAUAGCUGACAAACUCGCUCAGAAGCACUCCCCUUGGAGAGCCAGUGUCUAUUGUGCGUUGGCAAAAACGUAUCGUGCCUGGAAACCUGAUUGCAAAGAAGCCGCGAAAUAUGCUAAUGCAGCAAUCGAGAUGGGAGAAUCGUUGGACUCACGCAACGUAAAAACGAUGAAAGACAUUAUUAAAACAGCAGAAGAACACAUGGAGUGA